AUGGCUGACUGGAGCGCGCCGCAGGCAACGCACGAGCAGCACAAGCCGUCGAAUUCCCAACCCUCGUACACUCAGUACCACGAUCCGUUGCAGGACAUAUUCUGGCCUGAACCUGUCGAUCAUUCUGCUUGCGACUCCCCUGUGGAAGCAGAAGUCGACCCACAAGCCCAACCUCAACACUCACCACCGACGCAAAAUGCCAUCAAGAGACGGCCAGUCAAACCCAUAAUCUCCCCUUCUCCGAUUGCUGCUGCAGGGGACGAGUCGGCGCUCUCACCUAUCAUCCCAUCUCCGCUGCGCAUUCGCAAACCCAAAGUUCCAUCGGAAAAAUUGCCGAUGCGAAACGUCCGUCUCCUGAUAGCCUCUCUAGGCAACCCCCCGCCAUAUCAUUCGACACGUCAUUCAGCUGGGCACAUCCUGCUGAAACACCUCGCUUCGCGCCUGGACCUUCCGCCACUCGCCAAGUCGAAGCUGCUCGGCUCUGGUCUGGUCAGUUCUGGCGCCGACGUCGGUCGCGAUGAGUACACUCUCUGGCAGAGCGGGAGCAUGAUGAAUAUUUCGGGACAGGGCACGUUAAAAGCGUGGAAACAAUUCAACAGUCUGCACCCUGCAACUGAUGACACCGUGACUGCGCUGGUCAUUCUGCAUGACGAACUUGAGUCGUCGUCCGGCACGAUCAAGUUGCGCCGGGGCGAGUCUUCACCAAAGGGUCAUAACGGGAUCAAAUCAGUACAGUCGUCGCUGAAAUCGGCGGGCUUGUUGGCUGCCAUGGGCGACCGGUUCAUCAAAGUUGGCAUUGGCAUCGGGCGUCCGUUGUCGCGAGAGAAGGAUGACGUGAGUGCGUGGGUGCUGGGACAAUUGACACACGUGGAGAAGGGCAAGAUUGAGGCAGCCACGGACAGCUUGGUGGCCGUGAUGCAGAGUGAGAUUCGCAAGCUGGAGAGGUCUUGA